AUGAGCACGACGCAGACCCGCAGCCACGGCGGCCACGGUCACCACCACCAUCACGACAACAGCUAUCUGACUUCGCAGAACAAGAACGAUGCAGGUGUUCGCAUCACUCGGCUGGGCCUCUAUUCUAACCUUGGCAUGGCAAUUGCCAAGGGCAUUGGCGGCUAUGUCUUCAACUCCAAGGCAAUGGUGGCAGAUGCCAUUCACAGCGUCACUGAUCUUGCGUCCGACAUCCUCACCCUGGCAACACUCUCCUUCAGCUUGAAGCCUCCCACGGAUAAGUACCCGACCGGGUUCGGCAAGAUCGAGAGCCUGGGUUCGCUUGGAGUCUCCGGCAUGCUUCUAAUUGGUGGAGUCUGGAUGGGCUACGGCAGCUUGUUGACUCUCUACGGCCACUUCUUCCUGGAUCCUGCUGCAGCUGCAGAGUUGAUGGAGCACGCCCAUUCCCACGCACACGGUCACGACCACGGCAGCACCGACAUUGUCCCCAGCCUGCACGCCGCUUGGCUCGCUGCAGGAACCGUCGCGAUCAAGGAAUGGCUAUACCAUGCUACCAUGAAGGUCGCCAAAGAGCGCAAGUCUUCUGUCCUCGCAUCCAACGCCGUCCACCACCGAAUCGAUAGUCUUACCGGCAUUGUUACGCUCGCCGUCAUCCUCGGUGCAAACAUUGUUGAGAACGCAGCAUGGCUGGAUCCCGUCGGCGGCUUCCUCAUCUCGCUUAUGGUGGUCAAGGCUGGAGCUGAGAACACAAUCUCCGCCCUUUCUGAACUGGCCGACAAGGGCAUCGACGACGAAGUCAAGACUUCGGUCCGCAAGCACCUGCGCACUACGUUUGCCGAUAUUCCCGAGGGCCACCAGAUCGAGCUACGAGAUGUCUCUGGUGUCAAGUCCGGUCAGAACUACUUGGUCGACGUCGAAGUUGCUGUGCCCAACGCCUGGACUGUUGAACGAGCUAGAAGCAUCGAAGAACAAAUCCGCACCCGCGUUGGUAGCAAGGUCCGCGGCACUCGUAGAGUCCGCGUGCGCUUCGUGCCGAGUGCUGCUGCCGUUGCGCCCAAGUUUGACGAGUUCAUCCCGGGCGAUGUCAGCCCGCAGUCUAGCCCUGAGCCCGAAGGCCACGACCACGACCACGACCACGGUAAUGGACACAACAAGUCCCACUAA